CGUAAUUCUUCGUCUUGCAUAUGCUUUGAUAGAAUUUGCUUUGCAACUAAUCGCCCGUAUUUCUUCAUUGAAAUGGAAAGAGCUUGGUGGUUAAAAAUGAAAAAUAACGAAGGACUAGUUUGGGUUAAUCAGCGUGGUACGGUAAGAAGGAAUCAAAAUGUGUGCAGGAGCCGGUAAGCAUGACACUAGGGUUUAAUAUCUGCUGACAGGCCCAGCCAGAACAGAAGUAGGAGGAAAUGUAGAGGAGAGAGAGGAUCUAUCUAUCUGGGUGGAGUCGAGUUCUAGGGGAUAAACAUCGAACCCAUCGGCCAACUCCAAUGCGAAGAAACAGUUUUGACGGCCCACGUGCCACGUUGUGAGCACAAACAAGCAAGCAAGCCAGCCGUCCAUUCAUAUUCGUUCCCUUCCCCAUCGCGAAAAAAACUUCACCUAAGAAGUAUCGCCUCGUCCCUCAAAAACCACAGCUCAACCCCCAACCAUUUUCUCUCUCUUCCCCCUCUCCCUGUGAAUCAAUGAAUUGUAUCCUUGGUGUUUGACAAAAUUCCAAAACCAGCGACCCCUUUCACUGACGAUCUCCACGAAGCUCCCCCCCCUUCCUCUCCCGCAUUGCUUCUUAAUCCUCUCUCUCCCCCUUUUCAAACCUCACUCCUCUGCGACAUCCUGCUGCUUCUUCAUGGUAAAUCUCUCCUCCCUCUGCUUAGUCGCUUCUUCUUCUUCCCUCGCCUCCCCUCUUCAGCUUGUUGCAUGCUUGAAUCUGUUUUCAAUUCCUGAGAAUGGAUGAAUUAGUACCGAUGCCUAUUUCGGUGCUUCGGCAUUUCUUGCUUGCUUCGUUCAGUGCUUCUGGAUUAAUGCGAUGCUUUGGAUUCGACGACCUUCGAAAUGCUUCUUUUUUGUCUUUUCUUUUCUCUUCCCCGUUUGCUCAGCCGCCAGAAGCGAGCUGCUUGUUUCUUUAUAAUUGAAUUGAUUGAGCUUGUGCUUUUCACAGAUUCGAAUUUGGUGAGUGCGGUUGGUUAUUGAUAUAGCUUGGGUGGGAGUCGUUAACUAGCUGCGGACUUGAUCGGAGCGCUGACCCUGGAGUUGGGGAGAAUGGCUACCUUACCGCAUUCUCCAGCUGCACUCACCGGGCCAAAGGCUUCGGAUCUUCUCCGGAGCUCAAGCAGUGGUAUCUCCGGUAUCCCUUUGAGAACCUUAGGGAGAAAGCAGUUGGCAGGGUCCAGCUCGCGAGCUAGGGAUUUGUCAAUUGUGGCCAAGGUUAGAAAGGUUAAGAAGCACGAGUAUCCAUGGCCCGAUGAUCCGGAUCCCAAUGUCAAGGGCGGAGUCCUUUCUCACCUCUCUCAUUUUAAGCCUAUGAAAGAGAGGCCAAAGCCUGUCACUUUGGAUUUCGAGAAGCCUCUCGUUGAUCUGGAAAGGAAGAUCAUUGAUGUGAGGAAGAUGGCAAAUGAUACUGGUCUGGACUUUACUGAUCAGAUUGUCUCAUUGGAGAACAAAUAUCAACAGGCCCUGAAAGAUUUGUAUACCCAUUUGACCCCUAUACAACGUGUGAACAUUGCACGGCAUCCUAACAGGCCCACUUUCCUCGAUCAUGUUUUUAGCAUCACAGAAAAGUUUGUGGAGCUUCAUGGCGACCGAGCAGGUUAUGAUGAUCCUGCUAUUGUAACUGGGAUAGGAACUAUAGAUGGUAAAAGAUACAUGUUUAUGGGCCACCAAAAGGGUAGAAACACUAAAGAGAAUAUUAUGCGCAAUUUCGGGAUGCCCACACCUCAUGGUUAUAGGAAGGCUCUACGAAUGAUGUAUUAUGCAGAUCACCAUGGAUUUCCCAUUGUUACUUUUAUUGAUACGCCUGGAGCAUUUGCCGACCUUAAGUCUGAGGAGCUAGGCCAAGGUGAAGCAAUUGCUCACAACUUGAGGACCAUGUUUGGUCUAAAGGUACCAAUAAUUUCAAUUGUUAUUGGUGAGGGUGGCUCUGGUGGUGCUCUGGCCAUAGGCUGUGCUAAUAAAUUGUUGAUGCUUGAAAAUGCCGUCUUCUAUGUUGCAAGUCCAGAAGCAUGUGCUGCGAUUUUGUGGAAGACUGCCAAAGCUUCUCCAAAGGCUGCCGAGAAGCUGAAGAUUACUGCUAAUGAAUUGUGCAAGCUGCAGAUUUGCGACGGGAUAAUACCUGAGCCACUUGGGGGGGCACAUGCAGAUCCCUCAUGGACCUCACAACAGAUAAAGAAAGCAAUUAUUGAAUCUAUGGAUGAGCUCACCAAACUGGACACAGAAAACUUGCUAAAACAUCGUAAUCUCAAGUUCCGGAAACUCGGUGGGUUUCAGGAGGGCAUUCCUAUUGAUCCCAAGAGAAAGGUCAAUAUGAAGAAGAAAGAAGAAUCCGUUUCAGGAAAGAUCCCAGUUAUAGAAUUAGAGAACGAGGUUGAAAAGGUGAAGAAGCAAAUUUUCAAAGCUAUGGAAUCAUCUGCUAGCAACAAGCCCUCAGAACUAGCUCUGGACGAGAUGAUAACAAAACUGAAGCGGGAGGUCGAUCUCGAAUUCUCUGAAGCUAUUAAUUCCAUUGGCCUAGAAGACCGGAUCUCGAUGUUAAGGGAAGAAUUCAGGAAAUCAAACUCAGAACAACAGCUCAUGCAUCCGUCACUGAUGGACAAGAUUGAGAAACUGAAAAAUGAAUUUGAUCAAGGCCUUUCUACUGCUCCAAAUUAUGGGAACCUCAAGUAUAAGCUCGAUAUGUUGAAUGAGUUCUCUAAAGUGAAGAGCAUCUCGGAGAGGAACAAUAAGGCUCAGGAACUGAAGCAGGAGAUGAAUGAAAAGCUGAAAGAGAUCAUCAUGGGUAGGCCAGAGAGAAAGGAGAAGAUUGAAGAAUUGAAGGCUGAGAUUCAAAAGCUACGUGCUUCUGGGAUUGAGAAUCCUGAUCGGGAGACAAAAGAGAGGAUUGGCAGGAUGAAGAGAGAGAUAGAUGUGGAAUUGGCAAAUGACCUCAAGUCCUUGGGGUUUGAUGUUGAGGUUGUGAAACCGAGUACAAAACAAGAUGAUGAGCAAGUUUCUCUCCCAGAGCUGAAGGCGAAGGUUGAAACUCUCAAAGAAGAAACUAACAAGAAGAUUGAAGAUGCAAUCAACUCGCCACAUAUUAAAAAUAUGAUCCAGUUGCUGAAAGUGGAGGUUGCAAAGGCAGGAACUACGCCUGAUCAAACUGCCAGAAAUAAAAUUGAAGCUCUAGAAAACCAAAUUAAGCAGAGAGUCGCUGCUGCUGUAAGCUCCCCUGAUCUAAAAGAGAAGCAUGUUCAGCUGAGCGCAGAGGUUUCCAAAACCGUGGAGUCUCUCGGAGGGUUGGAUGGUACCUUCAAAGAUGCUGAUCAGAACAACAAUGGUUCCCCGCAUGAUGAUUCUAGGGUGGAGAUUAACUAUGGCGCAAACCGAGUAUAAUAAUCCUGAAGACGUAGCCACAGCGGUAAAGAUUUUCAGAACCAUGGACCUUCAUGUUCCCACCAUAUUUGUAAGGUUACGAUGCCUGACAGAAGAGAGUGCACGAGGUUUUGGUCUUCCAUGGGAAACAUGACAUCGCACAGCCAAUAGCAAUUGUUUUUGUGUUGGGUUUUUGUUCUCUUUUCCCUCUUGAAGAUGAGAGUUGAUAUUUGUGGUUCGCCUGAAACCCUUUUGGUACGGAGUCCAGUUGAGUUAAUUUAUUAUUAGUUUGCAUCCUAUUUUACUGAAGAAUGAUCCUGCCGAAUAGAAACAAACUUUGUUUUUAUAUACACUGUGGUGCUAUAAUCAUGAGUGGUCUCACUCUCAGAAGUUAGCUAGCUGACUUCCGCCUAUCAGUAAUAAAAGAAAACUCAUCUGUUGAUAUAAAAGCAUACUUGCUGU